CAACAUUUUAUCAAUAAUCAGGUUUUUAUUAUCAAUAAUGGAUGUCCCAUUCUUUAAAAAUAGUAUAAUUUAUUGGAAGUUUUAACUGUGGUCUGCGGAGAGUCUUCAGUCCAGUUACAUUUUACCCAGUCUUCAUCCCAGGAGUCCGAAUGUUUUAAGAUUACACAGACUAAAGUAUAUUAUUUUUAUGUUGUGCCCUUUAAUGUUAAAAAUUAUUUGGUCAAUUGUCUAUACGAUAUAAUUACUCGGAAUAGUUUUGAAAAUGAGUAAACAUAAUAGCUGUUUAAAAAUAAAUACUUGCUAGUAUAUUUUAAAAUAAACUCAUUUUUAAGUAUCUUAAAAAAAUAAUGUUGCUAAACACUUUUAAAUUUUGUCGAGUCCAAUGUUCGGUUAUACAAGUAUGUCGAUCCUCUACUAAAGCCCAAUCAUUAGAUAACCAGCAGUUUUCCAAUGACAGUGCAAAAGAAAAACUAUCAAAACCUGAAAGAAAAUCAGUUGUUCCAUCAAAUUCCAGAUAUAUUUAUCCAGAAUUUUUACCUGAUCCUAAAAUGGAAUGGCGUAAUAAUUUGCGAGAAAAAUUGGAGCGUAUGGAUAUGAUUCACAGAAGAAAACAUAUAGAAAUACCAGAAUUUUAUGUUGGCAGUAUUAUGGCAGUCACUUCAUCUAAUCAACAUGCUCCUAAUAAAGCAACACGCUUUGUAGGAAUAUGUAUACAGCGUUUGGGAUGUGGUCUUAGGGCAAAUUUUACUCUUCGAAAUGUUAUAAAAAAUGUUGGUACUGAAAUGAAAUAUCAAUUGUAUGAUCCAACUAUUCAAAAGAUUGAGGUUUUACGAUUAGAAAAACGGCUAGAUGAUGAGUUGUUGUAUUUAAGAGAUGCUCCAAAUGAGUAUAGUACAUUUGAUGAAAAUAUGGAAAUAGAAUAUUUACCUGAAGGCGCGCCUAUUCCUGUCAAUACUACGAUUGUUAAGUUAAAACCUAGACCAUGGCGUGCUCGGUGGGAGAGAAAAGGCAUGAAAGGAUUAGCUGAUUUAGGGUUAGAAGAACGUUUCUAUAAACGUGCAGAGGAAUUAGCCACUCCUUGGGAAAAAUAUGAUUUAAUGAAACAAUACAGAAAAACAAUACCGGAAGAAGAACAAAAAGAAAUAUUUGCAGAGGUAUAUUCAGAACUUCAUGAAGUUGAAGUAAUGCGGAAGAAGAUGAAACGAAAGAAAGUUUUCAUUAAGCCUACUAAAACUGCAUAAACUGUAUUGUAGAAAAAAAAUUUUAAUAUAUAGAAAUAUAUCAUAUGGCUGAAAUUGUUACAUAAA